AGUCGUUUGACGCCUGCCGCGCGAGCGGGUGUCGCCACGGGACGAGCGAGUGUCGCGAACGAGCCGCCGACCGGCGCGUUAUGGACGUUGCAUGAGCGGGCGCGAGCGCGACCGCUGGAGCCGACGGGCACGCCGGUCGUGGAGCGCGCGCCGUGGGCCCCGGGCGGCGCGGGCAUGCGCUUCGAGGGCGCGGAGCGGCGCGACGCCGUCGCGUUCCACCCGUUGCUGGCGCCGCGGCCGAGCGACUUCUCGGUGUCGGCGCUGCUGACGGCGGGUGCGCUGCCGCCGCCGCCGUACCUGCCAGCCGCACUAGCCGCUGCUGCCGCACUGUCCGCGCCCUGUCCGCUGCUCAAGCCGCCACCGCCGCCGUAUGCGCCUCUGCCGCCAGACGACGACGGCGUCGUCGAUGACCCCAAGGUCACCCUCGAGGGCAAGGACCUAUGGGAGAAGUUCCACAAGCUGGGCACCGAGAUGGUGAUCACCAAAAGUGGCAGACAAAUGUUCCCACAAAUGAAGUUUCGUGUGUCCGGUUUGGACGCGAAGGCGAAAUACAUCCUACUGCUCGACAUCGUCGCAGCAGAUGACUACCGAUAUAAGUUCCACAACAGCCGGUGGAUGGUUGCCGGCAAAGCUGACCCCGAGAUGCCCAAGAGGAUGUACAUACAUCCCGACUCACCCAGCACGGGCGAGCAAUGGAUGCAGAAGGUGGUCUCGUUUCACAAGCUGAAGUUAACAAACAACAUCAGCGACAAACACGGAUUCGAGCUCAUCUAUAGCCAAAGCCAACGGAUGUUGUCAAAGUUGCUGUGGCCCAACCCUGCCCCUAGUGCGCCCAGAGAUCCCCACUCAGAUCAUUUGACGAUCCUGAACUCGAUGCACAAGUACCAGCCACGGUUCCACCUGGUGAGGGCGAACGACAUCCUCAAACUUCCGUACUCCACCUUCAGGACGUACGUUUUCAAGGAGACGGAGUUCAUCGCGGUCACCGCAUACCAAAAUGAGAAGAUUACUCAACUGAAGAUAGACAACAAUCCUUUUGCGAAAGGAUUCAGAGACACUGGAGCGGGAAAACGAGAAAAGAAUCUGUCCGUGUACCGCAGGCAGGCGCUGCUGACGGCGCGGUCGGACGCGCGGGACGAAGACGACGAGAGGCCGCUGGAUGUGGGAGGACCCAGCAGUCCCCCACCGCCACCGCCCACCACGCAACACUCCACUAGUUCAUGGUUCAGUUCGAGUGGGGGUGGCGGCGGUGCAGACUCAGGCCCCGAGGAAGCCAUCGAGGCUGGAUCGGAUUCCUCAUGUUCAGGUGGCGCACGAGCCUCCUCACCUCCAGCCGGACCUUCCCGCCCGUCUCCAGCGCCGGACGUUUCACUAGGUCCCCCGGUACAGCCCCCCUUACUUCCAUACCUCUAUCCGCCAUCACUGUACCCACCUCCAUUCUUUCCACCCCAUCAAAUGCCACCAGGUCUACUCUUCAAUCUCCAUCCGUUACUGCAGCAGUACUCGCUACCGCCUCCUCCUGCGCCGCCAGCGCCAGCUGUAGCCCCGUCGCUCACGAAAGCGCACAGGUUCGCACCUUACGCGCUACCAGGAUUAGGCUCAGCAUUCGAACAGGUCGCGCCGCGAGCGAGGAGCCUGAGCUCAUCUCCAGCGAGACCACGUGCCGGCUCUCCUCCUGCUCGAGCCGCGUCCGCAGACCCCCCUCCCGACGCCCCGACCAGUACUACCUCCAGCACUCCGCCAGCGUCCGACCUCAAAAGCAUCGAGCGAAUGGUCAACGGUCUGGACGUCGAAACGCAGGACUGACUCGGGGCGUAGCCUUGUAAAUAGCGUGUAUUUAUAUCAGCCCGUGGCACCGCGGCGGGCUCGUUUUUAUAUCGUUCCUAUUUUGUUUUCCUUUCGAGUUCCAAUCGGGUCAACGUUCUUAUACUGUCUUGUACAUAGUUACGCUUGCAGUAGGUGAUCGGUGACACCUGUUCGAUGGCCGAACUUCCAAGUAGACGCUCACAGCACUCCCGAUAUGGAUCGCCUAGCGUAGUGCUGCCUCGAUGAACUAGAAAUAUUAAACUUAUAUAAGUUUACAUAAAAUUGUUCUUUAAGAACUGUUGUUUUCGGAUUUUAAAUCUCAAAACAGGAUUUAUCUUGACAGCACUACGGAUCACGUUCUCUUUGUAAUAGCAAGAGCUCCAUUCGCAAAUUCGAUCAGCCGUAAGUUAAAUUUUGUUGAUUGCAAUGUAAAUUUUAAAGGAGUCAGGCGAAAGUCAUUAGUCUUUUAGUUACUUACGAGAGGUUCGAUCACGUGAGUCUUGCUACUACAAAAGGCCAACUGAUGGCGACCAUGAUUCAAUCCCGUUAAGUCACGUAGAACACAAUAGCUCUCUUUUAUAGAUUUCCACGUCAAUAGCAGUACAUAUUAGAAAACAAUUUUUUCAACAAGUAAUGAAUGGCGUCAUUGUAAAAUGUUCACACCCAUAUUAACCAGCUAACUUUAAAACCAACAUACUCAUAAUACACUUUUUUCUAUAAAAAUAAACCAAUGACUAUAAUUUUUUUCUAAACUUCGUCUAAUAUUUUGGUACUUCUCUUGAUAGUUUCGUAUCUUAUGUAACCUCACUCAAGAUUGACGAUUCACGAUGUAGACUUUUAAUAUACCGAAAGAAAUACAUAUUCUAUAUUUAAAGACAAAAAGCUUUAUGUUCUAUGAAAACGAUAACAAUCGAUGUGUGAAAUUAUUAAACAAUUUUCUUGUUUUCAAUUGUGAAAUUUGUUGUAAGAAAAAAUAAAAUCGUAUAGUGACGUCAUUUAUGUUCAAAUUUCGAAUGAAACAGAUAUUUGUUCCCCCUUUCUAUAAUAAUUAAGGUACAUGGAUAGUAUCGCUUAAUUUUGUAAAUACAAAUGUAAGGUAUAUUUACGUGUUUACUAAAUAGACAUAUUUUGAAAAUAUGUUUUGUCAAUUGUGCUGUGACCUUCGUGUGCGAAUAAUUGUUGCCGUUCGAUAAAAUGCUAUUCAAAAAAGCGUUAUAACGAUAGUUACAGUAAAACUGAAGUAAUAUUUCACCUCGCGAAUCAUCGUUUGCGCUAACGGCUCUACUGCGUAACUGAAUCAUGAUUGAUCUGUCAAAAUGAAGAACCGAAUGAUCUGUCCGACUGACAGAUAACUUUCGGCAAACUAAUUAAGAUUGAUCUGUUUAAUCAUACAUUGAUCGUAAAUUGGUCUGCUCACAGUUCGUCUGCCAGGUUGACAUAUAAUUUAGGGCUUCAUUUUGACAAAUCAUUUACAUGGUUUCAGUUACGCGCUUUUAAAUGAUAACCGAAAACAUCGUCAAAAACAAGCAGUCUUGUUUUAAUAACUAUAAGGUGCAAUGACCAACGUAGUAAGUUUUGGCGGUUUGCUACUUGAAUUUUGUUUGGUAGACAUUUGCCGCUGUUCGAAAUUUAAACUUCUGCGCAGGUACAUCGGUGGGCAAUAUUACUUGUAUUUUACUGUGACAUCUAUAAAACUGUUAUAAGCAACAAUUACACGCAGACUAAAUAAAACGAUUGAUGAAAAAAAGCUAGUUUAAUUUGUAAGUUAAAGUUUGUAAUAUAUAGUUGAUAAAUUGUAGUUAAAGAUACAAAAUAUAUAAUUAUAAAUGAAUAUAAUUUUCCAUGGAAUUCAUUAAACUUAAGCUCAUUUAAAGUUAAAAUCGAAAGCAGAUACCUAUAUACGUAAAUACUAAUUUAUGUUUAAUUUUUUUUUUUUGUUAAAACAACAUACAAAGACUAUUCAUUAUUAUCAUCUGGUGAUUUGAAAUGCAAUAUAUAAGUUUUUGAUUUGCCAUUUUUUUCUAAAAAAAGCUUUUUGAAAUGGUGAGACUGUAACAUUACGACAGCUGUAAUUGAGAAUUAUUCAUUAAAAUAUAUAGAUAAAUCUAUUGACAAAAUAAUUAUGGUUCAGUUUUAUUUACUCCACUUUUCUACCAGAAUCCUAAGAAAUCCUUGAAAGGAACCUUACCUUAUUUCUCAAUAACAGUGUAGCAUUUCACCACCACCAGCCCUUUUACGUCCCCACUGCAGGGGCUCAGGCCUUCCUUAUGGAUGGUAAGGAGGAUGGGCCUAACAUGCCUUCCGAAGCACGGAGUAGCUCGAUAUAAUAAUUUUUUGGUCACCCAUCCCGUGACCGACCCUUGCGAAAGUUGCUUAACGACUACGAUCGCGGGCCGCGGCGCUUAUCCACUAUGCCACCGAGCUACUCGUGGCAUUUGUUAAAACAACAUACAAAAAUGCAAUGCAGCAUUUGGCGCUAUCUUAAUUACACACUACACUAACAAUUUCCUAUGAAUUGAAAC